GCCAACUGGUAGAAGCUGGUGCACCUAUUGACGCGUAGAAGAAGACAACGACUAGGAGACAAGAGGAAGAAAAUGACAGGGCGCGCAAAAAGAAAAUCAGCCUCAGUUCAGGACUCGUGUCCAGCUAACGGGGAGCAGAAGAAAGCGCGGAGGGAUGAAGCCAGAGCCGUGCAGAUGUCGGGAGUGGGUUCCGAGCAGCGGGAUGAGCUGGUGCAGCUGUACGGUUUCCACAUGCCGGAGGACCUGUUCCACUUCUGGGAUUUUUGCACGGACCUUCACCCUGACGACCCCCGCGGUGCAUUGAAAGGCACGUUGGGCUUGCAGCUCGUUGGACCUUUUGACAUUUUGGCGGGUGCUCACCGAAACAGCAAGGAUCCUCAGCCAAAUUUCCACCUCCACUGGAGGUACUUCUAUGACCCUCCGGAGUUUCAGACUAUUCUUCGGGGGAGCGAGGACAGCCAGCAUCACAUGGGCUACUACAGAGAUGCUCCAGAUACUUCUCCUGCUUUUGUUGGAGAAAAUGAAGCUAAGAAGGGCUGCACGGUAACACAGAUGGGGGACAACGUGUUUGCUGCCGUCUACCUUUAUCUGCUGAAGAAGAGGAAAGAGAGGGGUGGUAAAAAAUCUGGGGGAGAGGCUUUGGAAAACCUGGAGGCCAAGCUGAGGGACAGGGCCGAGACUCUGGGCUUUUCUUUAGAACAGAAGACCAAAGCGAUGAAGCAGAGAGACAAGAAGGUUGUCACCAAGACGUUCCACGGUGCCGGCAUUGUUGUUCCCGUCGACAAGAACGACGUGGGCUACAGAGAGCUGCCCGAAACAGACGCCGGUCUGAAAAAGAUCUGCAAAGCCAUUGCAGAAGCCCGAAAUGACGAGGAGCGCGUCAAAGCCUUCGGACCAAUCCAGGAAAUGAUCACGUUUGUUCAGUUCGCCAACGACGAGUGCGACUAUGGAAUGGGUUAUGAACUCGGCAUAGACCUCUUCUCUUAUGGUUCUCAUUACUUCCACAAAGUCAUCAGGCAGCUUCUGCCCAUGGCCUACAACCUGCUGAAGAGGAAUUUGUUCGGUCAAAUUUUGGAGGCACACCUCUCCAAUCGUAGCCACGACAACCUAGACCAGCUUUCUGCACAUUAAAAAAAUUAAAAAGACUCGGAAGUAAAGUUCUCCUCAAGCAAAUGUCCGUUUGGCUCUCAAAAAGCUUUCCCACCAUAUGUCCUUGUCUCUUGUUGUUUUGUCGCUGUGAAUGUUUCGUGGUGGUUUUGGUGCUGCUGUCACUGACGGAAUCCAGUUCAGUGAUGUC